AGCUGUGACCCCCACACGCACCAUCGACCGCCUAUAUAUUCGCUGCAUUCUAACCAACUUUUCUCGUAUCUUUCCAAUACCAUCAUCACCCCACCCCAAUUCACCAUUUUUUUUUUCCUCUGUUAUCAAAUUCCUAAUAUGGAAAAUCUAACUCUCACCGGACUUCUUAAGGACGUCGCCGGAAAAUUUUCUAACCGGAGAGCAAUUUCCGUUUCCGGCAAGUUUGAUAUCACCCAUUCUCGUUUACACCAAUUGGUCGAACAUGCCGCCUCCCGCCUCCUUGCCGCCGGCGUUGUUCCCGGCGAUGUUGUCGCCCUCACCUUUCCUAACACCAUUGAGUUUGUGAUUAUGUUCUUGGCGGUGAUUCGAGUUCGAGCCACGGCAGCACCAUUAAACGCAGCCUACACAACAGACGAGUUCGAGUUCUAUCUUUCAGACUCAGAGUCAAAACUCCUCCUUACUUCCCCUGAAGGCAACACCGCAGCCGAAACCGCUGCUGCGAAGCUCAGUAUUCCUCAUGCUACUGCAUCUCUCACCUCAUCUGACUCCGAAAUUUCUCUGUCAUUCACUCACCCUGAAUCGAACCCCGAUUACUCGGUGUCCUCACUCGUGAACGACCCUUCCGAUGUCUCGCUCUUCCUCCACACCUCCGGGACUACCAGCCGUCCCAAGGGGGUGCCACUGAGUCAGCUUAACCUGUUCUCAACUGUUCGGAACAUUAAAGCUGUCUAUAAGAUUACUGAGUCUGAUUCGACUGUGAUUGUUUUGCCGUUGUUUCAUGUUCAUGGAUUGAUGGCUGGACUGCUGACCUCACUCGGUUCUGGCGCUGCAGUGACUCUCCCUUCCUCGGGUAGAUUCUCUGCGUCGACGUUUUGGGGUGACAUGAAGAAAUACAACGCUACUUGGUAUACCGCUGUUCCAACGAUUCACCAGAUCAUCCUUGAUCGCCACACGAGUAAGCCCGAGACGGACUACCCGAAGCUCCGGUUUAUUCGGAGCUGCAGCGCUUCGUUGGCCCCGACAAAUCUUAACCGGCUUGAGGAGUCAUUCGGUGCGCCUGUUUUGGAAGCGUAUGCAAUGACUGAGGCAACCCAUUUAAUGUGUUCUAACCCGUUGCCUGAGGAUGGGCCUCAUAAGGCGAGCUCGGUUGGGCGACCCGUGGGUCAAGAGAUGGCCAUUUUGGAUGAAAACGGUCAGGUUCAAGGGCCUAGGUCUAAAGGAGAGGUUUGUAUUCGGGGCCCGAAUGUUACAAAAGGGUAUAAGAAUAACCCGGAAGCAAAUAAGGCGGCUUUUCAAUUCGGGUGGUUUCAUACCGGUGAUGUUGGGUUUUUUGAUGAAGAUGGAUAUUUGCAUUUGGUGGGUCGGAUCAAGGAGCUCAUUAACCGUGGAGGGGAAAAGAUAUCACCAAUUGAGGUGGAUGCAGUGCUGUUGUCCAAUCCUAACCUUGCGCAAGCUGUUGCUUUCGGGGUCCCCGAUGACAAGUAUGGAGAGGAGAUAAAUUGCGCAGUUAUUCCAAGAGACGGAGUGGAGAUUGAUGAGGAAGAGGUUGCAAAAUUCUGCAAGAAAAACCUGGCAUCAUUCAAGGUCCCUAAGAAGGUUUUCAUCACUGACUUUUUACCGAAAACUGCAACUGGGAAAAUCCAGAGAAGAAUUGUGGCUGAGCACUUCCUAGCUCAGAUUUCGACUGCUAAAGUUCCCAAAUUUGGGGCUUAGUGAACGAAUAUGCGAUGCCUUGUUUUCUAAGUGCCCUGAAUUUGACGAUGUUCAAUGUUGUGGACCGUUUUGAGUUUUAGCUAAUCAGUGCUGUCCAUUGGAAUGAACAUUGUAAUGUUAUCCCUUAUCCUUGUAUAGGAGGUUAUGGCUUAUGGAUAUGGGGUACUAACUAUCAAGUGAUAUAUAUAUGUAUCAGAGAUAAAACUAAGUCAUAUUAGGAUCGAAGUCGAACCAUCAUAAGAUAAUAUGUGAAGGCUUGGUUGAUUAAUAGACUUAUUUUGUAUUUAUAUUUCAUUUGUUUAUGCCAGAAGCAGAUCUUUUGUUCUUUAA